AUGGAAGAUCGCUCUCUACUAGUUCUUUAUGGAUCCGAAACCGGCUGUGCACAAGAUGUAGCCGAGACAAUUGCUCGACAAGGAAAAAGACGACAUUUCCGUACUAGAGUGUGUGCCAUGGAUGAUUAUGACAAGGCUAAUCUAGUUGAUGAAUCUUUUGUAAUUUUUGUGUGUUCCACAACUGGUCAGGGAGAUGAGCCCAAUAAUAUGAAGAAAUUCUGGCGAUUUUUACUACGAAAAAAUCUGCCGCAUGAUAUAUUGAAUGGUUUGAGCUGUGCUGUAUUUGGUCUAGGAGAUUCGUCUUAUCAAAAAUUCAAUUAUCCAUCAAAGAAACUUUAUAAGCGAUUAAUGCAACUUGGUGCAAAUAUGCUUUAUGUGCGAGGAGAUGGCGAUGACCAACAUUAUAUGGGAUUAGAUGGCGAGUUGAUUCCUUGGCUAAAGGGUUUAUGGGAAAAUGUUGCAAACGAAUUCCCACUUCCAAAAGACAAACCCAUAAUUCCAGAAGACGUAUUAUAUCCUUUUAAAGAUAUAGAUAUUACACUUCCACCCUCUUUUCACAUUGAAUUCAUAGCUGAUGACACUGACAAGGCAGAGUCAAGGCUAGUGACGUCUUAUUCAGAAGGAGAGUACGAUAUGCUUGUAAAGGCCAAUGAUCGAAUUACGGCCGCCGAUCAUUUUCAGGAUGUACGACACAUUGUGCUUCACAACGAUUCCAAUCCAUAUAGAUAUGAAGCUGGAGAUACUGUGUCUAUUAUGCCACAGAACCUUCCGGAUGAGAUCAACCAGUUUUUGGAACAGGUUGACUGGGCUGGAUAUGCGGAUCGGUUGAUCAAGAUUACCCCAGCCGACCCAGACCGGAAAGUUCCACCACAUUGGCCUGAAACAAUGUCCUUUAGAGAUUUGUUUUUGUACCAUCUAGAUGUGUGUGGUGUACCGCGACGUUCGUUCUUUGAAAUGGUCUCUUAUUUUACCAUGGAUCCUAAUCAUACCGAACGUCUCCGAGAAUUUACUCAACCAGAAGGCCAGGAUGACUUGUACGCCUAUUGCCAAAGACCACGCAGAACCAUUGCUGAGAUAUUAUUUGACUUUAAGCCAUUCGAUAUUCCUUUCGAUUAUAUCCUCGACCUUUUCCCUCCACUCCAGCCAAGAGCUUAUUCAAUUGCGUCCAGUAUAAGGGUAAGAGCUCAUCCUGAUGAACUGCACCUUUGUAUUGCAAUUGUUAAAUACAAAACCAAGAUGAGAAAAAUCCGAAGAGGCGUUUUAACUAAAUGGAUCUCGACCUUGGCUCCCGGUGAUGUGGUGAGACGUGUACAUCUUUCAAAGGGGUCCAUGUCCCUGCCUCUUCCAUCAACGCCCUACAUUGCAAUUGGGCCUGGUACAGGAAUUGCUCCUAUUAGAUCGUUCUUGGAAGAACGGAUACUUGAUCAUGCCAAAUCAAACGUGUUGUUUGUUGGGUGCCGUAACUUAGAAAAAGACUUUCUUUAUGGUGAUCAAUGGAAAAAUUAUGUGGCUGACGGAUACUUGACCCUAUACACUGCAUUUUCUCGUGACCAGGAAGAAAAGAUCUAUGUACAGGAUAGAUUGCGGGAGAACAGCUCUAUGAUAUGGGAUCUUGUUCAUAAUCAACAUGCAAAGGUUAUGUUGUGCGGAUCUUCUAAUAAAAUGCCUUCUCAGGUAGCCUUUGCAUUUAAGCAAAUAUUUAUGAAGGAAGGUGGACUGGACUCAGAAGAAGCAGAGAGUUAUUUUAGUACUAUGAUGAAGACGAAGCAAUAUCAAGAAGAGUGCUGGGCAUAAUUAUUAGAGUUAUAAAUAUAUACAUAAAUACAUACAUGCGUGCAUACAUGCAUGUAUACAUGUUUGUGAGACAAAGUAUUAUAUAUAAAAAGAAAGAAAAAAAAACACACACACACACAUACAUACAAUUAAUAGAACUUGUUUGUUUUAUGAAAAUCUGUAACGGGCACGGCGUAUACUGACAAGGUAUUCUUUGGGUUCAACUGCAGUGUCAUGGUAUCCAAGGGGUCCAAUAUCACAAUCUGCACAAGAAAGAUAUUUUAUGGUUCCCACAGUUUUUGAAAAUCCAAUAUUCUCAAAAUCCAUCAUGUCUUUUAGCUUCCAAAAAUGUGUCUCUUCAGGCCUUGUCUCAGUGCCCUGUGCAAUGUCUAAUCCAAGGUUUUGUUCGGGGAAAGAGAGCUUUUCUCCAUCACGUUCAACCAAGAUGGCAGUGUUCUUUCGCAUGAUGAUGCAAUUGCAAGAUUCUUUUGGGCACAAAAGGUCAGCUGCAUUCUUUUCGGCCGAGAUGAUUGUAGUGAGUGGAUCGACAAUAGAUUUGAAUGUUACAGGUUGUGUCAUUGUAGUAUAACUGUUGUAUCAACCAGAAAAGGAAAAAUGGGAUAGGUGUUUUGUUAACAGAUAUUAAGAGCCAAAAAAAAAAGAGAAAUAUACAGGUAUACAAUCAAAUGAGGCUGUGGCGUUUGUAUGGUAUUAGUUUG